CGGUUCCACAAGAUCCAGGAAUUCAAAACUGAGUAUGCUCCAACCACCAUCACGCAGUAUGAGUCUGUGCGGAGUGGUAUGCAGGUGAUCGUGGCCGACCGCGAGGGUCCAAAGAUCAAUGGUUACUUCACCCUGGCGACGGAGAUCCUGGACGACUCUGGGGCACCCCACACGCUGGAGCACCUGGUCUUCAUGGGCUCGAGGAGCUACCAGUACAAGGGGCUCCUCGACAAGCUGGCCUCCAGGGCCUAUUCGAGCACCAACGCGUGGACCGCCGUCGACCAUACCGCAUACACCCUGGAGACUGCUGGCUGGGAGGGUUUCGCCCAGAUCUUGCCCGUCUAUCUAGAGCAUGUCAUCCUGCCCACCAUCACCGACGAGGCCUGUACCACAGAGGUCCACCAUAUCGAUGGUGAAGGCAAUGACGCUGGCGUGGUGUACUCUGAGAUGCAAGCUCUGCGCUUCAACAUGGCCGAGCUCAUGGACCUCAGAGCACGCCGCAUCCUCUACCCAGAGAACGUCGGCUUCCGAUACGAGACGGGAGGUAUGCCGGAGCAGCUGCGGGACCUGACGCCGCAGCGGAUCCGCGAGUUUCACAAGGCCAUGUAUCAGCCUCGAAACCUGGCCGUCGUUAUUGUAGGCGAGACGGACCAUGAGAACCUGCUCGACAUCUUGGACAAGUUCGAAGAGAGUAUCGAGGACAGUAUACCUCCACUUGACGCUCCUUUCAAGAGGCAAGCCACCGCUGGACCCGGCGACCCCGUGGUAGACUGUAGCUUGCUGCCUUGGAUUGACUCUGCUCAGCCGCCACCUCUCAAGGAAACCGUCGUAGUCACAGAGGAGUUCCCUGAAGAGGACGAAUCAACCGGAGAUAUCGCCUGCGCUUUCUUCGGCCCCAACUGUAACGACCUUAUUGCUGUUGCCGCCCUCAAUGUCCUGCUGACCUACUUGUGUGGCUCGUCCGUCUCGGUCCUCGAGAACAUCAUGGUGGAAAAGGAGGAGCUGGCCAGUUCCGUGUCUUACUGGUGGGACGCGAGGCCCAACUCCACCAUCUGGUUCCAGCCUACAGGUGUCGCCGCUGAGAAGCUCGAGUUUGUCGAGAAGAGACUGCACGACCUCCUGAAGGACGUAGCCUCGAAGCCCCUCGACAUGUCAUACAUGAAGGAGUGCAUCAGCCGCGAGCGGCGACAGGUCAAGUUCUCGGCCGAGAGCUCGGAGCAGUUCUACUCACAAAACAUCAUCUCUGACUAUCUCUUUGGCAAGCGGGAUGGGUCGACCUUGAGCGACCUCAAGACGGUACGAGAAUAUGAUGUCCUGAACCAGUGGGCUGAUGAGCAGUGGCGUGGGUUCCUCAAGACAUGGCUGGUGGAUGUCCAUCACGUAUCUGUCCUUGGCAAGCCCUCGAUGGCAAUGGCGACCAAGCUGAAGGAGGCCGAAGAGGCACGUAUUGCCAAGAGGAAAGAGGAGCUCGGGGAGGACGGGCUGCGAAAGCUGGCAGAGAAGCUCGAGGCAGCCAAGGCCAAGAACGAAGUCGACAUCCCUCCCUCUGUCCUCGACCAAUGGCCGGUGCCUGGCACCGACUCGAUACAUUUUAUCGAAUCAGCCACGGCAAGAUCUGGGAAGGCAAAAUCUGUCGGAGUGAGCAAGGGCACAGCUCAAAAGCUCAUCGACAAUGCCAAGCCAGGCCUGCCCUUGUUUGUCCAAUACGAACAUGUGCCCAGCAACUUCGUCAAUGUCGCCCUCCACAUCGGUACUUCCAUAGUACCCGUUGAACUCAAACCACUCAUGUCCAUUUUCAUUGACAACUUCUUCAACACCCCCAUCAAGCGCGACGGAAAGCUGGUCGACUUUGAAGAUGUGGUGAUGGAGCUCGAAAAGGACACGAUCAGCUAUGCCAUCAAUGGUGGUGGCAAAGUAUACGAUCCCGAGAGUAUUUUCAUCAGUCUCCAGCUGGAGCCGGAGAAGUACACGGCGAUCAUUGAGUGGGUGCGUGCUCUGAUGUUUGACAGUGUCUUCGACGUACGAAGACUGAAGGCGAGCAUGUCGAAGGCCCUAGCCGACAUUCCCGAGGCCAAACGUGACGGGAGGUCGAUGUCCCUGGAGGUGGACUGGGCCCUGCACGUCGAGAAGUCAUGGCUGCCCAUGGCCAGGCGGACACUCGUCAAGGCUGUUUAUCUCCGCCGGCUGAAGAAGCUACUGCAGAAGGAGCCAGAGAAGAUCGUCGAGAUGUUCGAGCAACUGCGCAAGUGUCUCUUCACAUUCGAAAACGUCCGGGUGCUGGUGACCAGCGACAUCGCCAAAUUGAGUGACCCUGUGCAGCCGUGGGACAGCCUCACCAGGCUUCUUGGCAGCGAGAAAGACAUGGCUCCUAUCAUCGAAACCCACACCGUGCUCAACUCCGAAGGCAAAUCACCAGGCAAGAUCGGCUCCGUGAUUAUCCCAAUGACCAGCCUGGACAGCUCAUACAGCGUCAGCACCACACAGGGCCUCAAGUCGUACAAUGACUCGAGGGUGCCAGCGAUGCUCGUGGCGAUAGGCUACCUCGAAGCGGUGGAGGGACCGCUGUGGAACGCCGUGCGAGGCAGUGGCCUUGCGUACGGCACACACUUCAGCCGAGAGCUCGAUUGGGGCUUCCUACAGUAUCGUGUCUACCGAUCGCCUGACGCCAGCAAGGCGCUCGACAUCUCGCGGGAGACGGUGGAGAAGAUUGCUACCGGCCAAGUCCCGCUGGACAGGCAUCUCGUAGAGGGCGCUGUCAGUGGGAUCGUGUCUGGGUUCGCGGACGAGCAGUCCACGAUGGCGGAUGCAGCUCAGCAGAACUACAUCCUCAGCGUCGUCAGGGGGCUGGGGCUGGACUGGACGAAGAAGAUCAUGGCACAGGUGCGGAACGUCACGGACUCCGAAAUACGGCAGGUGAUGAAGGACAUGAUCAUGCCAGUGUUCCAACCCGGGAAGAGCAAUGUGGUGGUGACGUGCGCGCCCAUCAUGCAAGAAAACAUGGAGAAGGCUUUCAAGACCAUGGGCUACGCCACGCAGGUCAAGGCCCUGUCAGACUUCCAUGAGGACUACGGUCUAGCUGGAGGGGAUGACGACAAUGAAGACCCUGAAGAAGACGAGGAUGAGGAAGAUGAUUCUGAAGAGGAGGACGAGGAUGACGACGACGACAUGUCUGAA